GAAGUAGAUAGUCUCUUAGAAUUACUGUAAUUCCUCGUUUCUUGUACACUUUCCCGCCAUGUUAUCUCUUUCCCUUAAACCCGUAACCCCUUUUACCCACCAAACCCCCAAAUUCCCAACCUCAACAAAAUGCUGCAUAUCUGAAAGGGGUCACUGCUUUGACAUCGGCGACACCUUCUUCCGCCAUGAGAGCGCCACUGGCCGCGACCUCGGUGUGCUCGCAGCUGCCAUUUACAAGAAAUCACACAAUGCCCUCCGUGUGCUCGACGCAAUGUGCGGCUGUGGAAUCAGAUCUUUACGCUAUCUGGCGGAGGCUGAUGCUGAUUUUGUGAUGGCUAAUGAUGCGAAUGAGGAAUAUGGGAGUGUUAUUACGGGUAAUUUGGAGAGGGCGGGUAAGGGGUAUGGAGAAAAUAAGAGAUGGGUUAUUACGCAUUCGGAUGCGAACCGGGUUUUGACAGAGUGUUAUUUGAGGAGGGAUUACUUUGAUUUUAUUGAUAUUGAUUCGUUUGGUAGUGAUUCGAGUUUCUUGAGGUCUGCUUUGGGUGCUGUGAAAUUGGAUGGGCUUUUAUACCUCACUUCCACUGAUGGUUUCUCUUCUGGUGGACACCGGCCUCUACACUCUUUGGCUGCAUAUGGAGCUUAUGUUCGGCCUAUGCCUUACUCGAAUGAGAUUGGUUUAAGAAUGCUUAUUGGUGGAGCUGUAAGGGAGGCUUCUGUUUUGGGUUAUCAUGUUGCACCACUUUUCUCAUACUAUUCGUACCACGGGCCCAUCUUUCGAGCAAUGCUUCGUGUUAGGCGUGGGAAGCAUCCCGAUAACAGGCACUACAGUUUCAUCAGUUACUGCAGUCGAUGUGGAAAUUCUUAUGCAAUUUCAUGGGAUAAACUUAGUGCAAUUGGCUGCUCUUGCAAUGCAAACGUUCCGGGUUCACUCAUUGUUUCUGGGCCUCUCUGGACUGGACCUCUUCACAGUGCACCCUUUCUUACUGAAAUGCUAAAUUUGGCUGAGCAAUGGGGUUGGACGGGCAAUGGCACAGGAAAACAACUCGAAAAGUUGUUAAAUCAGAUGAUGGAUGAAAGUGACCCUAAAUUGCCUUUUGGAUACAUCAAACUAGACGAGGUAGCAAGUCGUGCAAAGGUUAAUUCUCCUUCUCUAGGUACCGUUUUGAGCAUCCUGCACAAGAACUGAUUCCACAACAAAUUAGAAGCUCUUAAUCUUGGAACUCUUACUGGUGUUUAAAAGCCCCUUUGCAUAUAUCUAUUGACAAGUCUGAGCCCCACUGCUGCUGGGAUAUAUGGAUUUUUGUUGUUCUAAUCUCAUUUAUAACUGUUGCGUAUAAUCCGGAGGGAGUGGUUGCAGGAGGGAUAUGCAGCUAGCAGGUCACACAUUGCCUCAAAUGCAAUUAAGACCGACUGCCUUAUGGCUGAUUGUGUUAGGAUUGUGAAGGAACUCCAACAGUGUACAGCGAGUGAGAACGAGAAGUAUCAGCGAGUUGUCGAGGCAUGAAUUGCCCAAGGAAUGCUUUACUCUUGUGAUACAGGGUCUAGACCAGAAUCCCAAGUUGCUGUGGCAGCCAUUUUUUUUUAUUAGAAAAGUUCAAUCUGAUUACUCUGUAUACUUGUACAGCAACUCGUGUGAUUGAUCUUCAAAAUAUUUGAUUUCUACAUCUGGUGCAAUAUUCAUGAACAUGGAUCUUGAUA